UAUUCCGUUUAUAAACCACACACCCCACUCAUUCCAAACCCACAAAAAAAAGCGCUUCUCUUCUUCUCUUCUCCCAAGAAGCAGAACAAAAAAAGCGCUUAUCUUCUUCUCUUCUCCAAAGAAGCAGAAGAAGAAAAAAAAAACCACAAUGGCCAAAGAAAGAGAAAAAAAACUCUUCCUAUCACUUUUCGGCAACUACGCCGCUGAACUUAAGCUCUUAAUAACAACGCUUUUCCUUCUCUGCACCGUCGCCACUUUCCUCCAAUUCAUUCCUUCACGUUUCACUAUCUCAGCUUCCGAUAUUCGCUUUUGCAUCUCUAGAGUCACCCAAACACUCCCUAACACCACAACAACAACCAACACAAACAACAUAACCGUAACGGAAAAGUUUGUUACCGUUACUGAAUCGUUAGCUUCAGUUCCAAAUCCACCUCCACCACCUCCACCGUUAGCUCCAACGGUUAACAACGAACGUGUUCUUGAAAACGGAAUUAUCAAACGCGCUUUUAACCCGUACGGUUCCGUUGCUUAUAACUUCGUCACCAUGGGAGCUUAUCGCGGUGGCGUCAACACUUUCGCCAUUAUCGGUAUAGCUUCAAAGCCACUUCAUCUUUAUAGUAAACCGACUUACGAAUGUGAAUGGAUCUCCGCCGCCGGUGACGGAGAUUCGAGAAAAAUCACCACCGUCGGUUACAAGAUGCUCCCUGACUGGGGCUACGGUCGUGUUUACACGGUUGUGAUAGUAAACUGUACCUUCUCGGAGCCGGUAAACACCGACAACACCGGCGGGAAGUUGAUUCUCUACGCUUCAACUUCCGGCGGUGGUGACACAAGCUUAAACACCACCGACAGAAUCGAAGUUCUUAACGAAGCUAACGGAACGUUAGAUUUAUCGAUUUACACUUCCAAGCCGAAGUACGAUUAUUUCUACUGCGGUUCGUCGCUUUACGGGAACUUGAAUCCGCAAAGAGUUCGUGAAUGGAUUGCUUACCAUGUGAAAUUCUUUGGACCUAGUUCACAUUUUGUGAUUCAUGAUGCUGGUGGUGUUCAUGCAGAGGUUUAUGAGGUUUUGAAACCGUGGAUUGAGCUUGGUUAUGUGACUCUGCAAGAUAUUAGGGAUCAAGAGAGGUUUGACGGGUAUUAUCAUAAUCAGUUUAUGGUUGUGAAUGAUUGUUUACAUAGGUAUAAGUUUAUGGGGAAAUGGAUGUUCUUCUUUGAUGUUGAUGAGUAUAUCUAUGUUCCUCCGAAAAGUACGAUUAAAACGGUGCUUGAUUCGCUAUCGGAAUACUCUCAGUUUACAAUUGAACAGAUGCCAAUGAAUAACAAGCUUUGCCAUGCUUCUGAUUAUGGAAAAACUUAUAGGAAAUGGGGAAUUGAGAAGCUAGUGUACAAAGAUGUAAAGAAAGGGAUUAGGAGGGACAGAAAAUAUGCAGUGCAACCACGUAGGCUAUUUGCAACUGGUGUGCACAUGUCACAGAAUUUAGAUGGAAAAACAACUCACAACACAGAAGGAAGAAUAAAAUAUUUUCAUUACCAUGGAACCAUAGCUCAAAGAAGAGAAUCAUGUAAAGUGUUUCUAAAUUCAACAGAAACCACAUAUGACAAAACACCUUAUGGGUUGGAUACAACUCUGAGAGACAUUGCUGGUGUGAUCAAGAAAUUUGAGCUCAAGAUGAUUGGAAACAGAGUACAGAAGACAAAGCUAUGACAGCUUCCAAUAUUUUAUUCUUUUUUAUAUAUAAAAACUAUAUAAAUAUUUUAACUUUUGUCGUAGCAUAGAAAUUUAUUGAACGGUCCUUUUUUAUUUUUUUAAUUUCGUGUAUUUACAGAUGGGUAUAUGAUCAAUAUUUGUUUGUUUUUA